GAAUAUAUCACGAUAAUUUGGAGAGUGAAGAAGUCACCCGUGUGCAAGUAUAAUUUUAUAUCUGCAAGCUCGGCUAUAGCCCAGGAAGUAUGACCAGUAUGGUAACCUAAAUUUGAUAUUCCACACUAAUCUUCAAACUCCACCCACCUCUUCUCAUCACAAACCCUAGAUCUUCUUUUGUCACCUUUCAUACUCACACUUCAAAUUUCAAACCCAUAUAUCUUUGUUCUUCUUCUUCCUCCCUUUCUUCUAUGAACCCGGAAGAGAAAGCCACCAUGGAUUUGGUUCCACCAUCUGAGCAUCUUUGCUACGUCCGGUGCAACUUCUGUAACACUGUUCUUGCGGUUGGGAUUCCAUGCAAACGGCUGUUGGACACUGUGACAGUGAAAUGUGGCCACUGCAGUAACCUCUCCUUUCUUAGCACCAGACCUCCACUGCAGGGCCAAUGCCUUGACCAUCAAAUGAGCCUUCAGGGUGUUUGCAAUGAUUUCAGAAAGGGCCAGUCCUCAUCAUCAUCUUCAUCAACAUCCAGCGAGCCAGUGUCCCCAAAAGCACCCUUUGUUGUAAAACCACCCGAAAAAAAACACAGACUCCCAUCUGCUUACAAUCGAUUUAUGAAGGAGGAAAUACAACGCAUCAAAGUAGCCAAUCCUGAGAUACCCCAUCGAGAGGCUUUCAGUGCAGCAGCGAAAAAUUGGGCUAGGUACAUCCCAAAUUCACCAGCAGGCUCAGUUUCUGAGAGCAGUAACAAUGGCUUUGAUUUUGCAGGAAUGAAGUAAUUUAGUGUAAUGGGAAAUGCCAUGAAAAUGAAGCAUUGGAGAUCCACUUGAGCACAUUGGCUUUUCCUCAAACUCUGUUAUCUGUUUACUUCUUAAUCAUGCUUAACGGUAGUUAUCACUCAAUGAACUAUUGCAUCGGUGUCGAAAUCAUGUAGCAUUUGGUAUUAACAACUAUCUGCUAAUCCUUUCAUUUGGGCUUUGUGGUGCUGUGAAAGUUACUUCUGUUCAGCAUUUGAGCUUUUA